AUGUCCUACAAAAAGUUUGUGUACUUUAUUAACUUUUUUUUUCUGCUGGGUGCUACAUUGUUGGCAUUUUUCUUGAUACUGGCAGGUGGCAGAAACACAGGAGUAUUGAAAAAUUUUUAUUGGUUCCAAGCGUUCACUUCAGGCUUUAACUCGGCACCUUCCAUGACUAGAUGGUACAACUAUAAUUGGUGUGGUUGGCAGAGCCUCGGGCAGGCCGUAAACUGCUCCUCCAAGAUGGCUGCGCAGCCAUUUUCCCCAAGGGACAACUUUGGUAGCUCGCCUCUUAUGCCCGCAACCUUCUUAAACAAUAGAAACACCUACUAUUACCUCUCAAGAGUGGGAUGGGCAAUGCUUUUAAUUGGGCUCCUCUUUUUACUGAUCACGUUGGUCUCUGUCAUUGUCAAUAUGAUCAAAUACACUAGAGCCACAGCCUCAUUGACAACUGCUCUGAGCUGGAUUACUCUUUUCUUUAUGACCCUUUCGGCCUGUUUGUACACAGGGUGCUACGCCAAGGCAGUAAAGGCGUUCCAUCGCGAAGACCGCGAUGCUAGGCUGGGUCCUAAGAAUUUUGGGUUCAUUUGGACCACCGUGUUUUUGUUGAUAGUGAACGCCAUCUGCUCCACUGUCAUGGCGGCUAGUUACAAAGAAAACGGGUACAGCUACGACCGCAGUUUUGCUUCCACGAAAACGACGGAAUCGCAGACGCCUACUCCAGGUCUAACGAACGGAGGGGUAACAGAAGUUCAGCAGUCUCAACCUCAUAACAACGGGAGGUUCUUCAGGAAAUUGAGAGCAAAGAAGAGAACGGUCAUUAAUGAAGGCGAUGAGCCGGACCAGCUCCAAGAAGAACACGUCUACACUGAACAGAAUAUACCUGUCGUAGCAUAG